AUGAGUAUUAUUACCGCAGAAAAACCAACAUCGGGUGGCGUCAAGACGCCAACAUUGAAAGAUGUUAAACACGAGGCAAAUAAUUAUUUAAAUCGUGCUAAAAAAUUAGAGAAUGAUAAAAAUUAUGAAGAGGCAACAGUGUUAUAUAAACGUGUUAUAUCAUUGAUCCAAAAUCAUGAAAACGACAAUACGGUAGAUGAACAAUCGGCAAAAGAAUUAGAUACAUUAAAAAGAAAUGCAACUCAAAAUUUGAUGCAAACGGCUUUACAUUCAAGUCCCCCAUCUGCGCCAGUUUAUGUAAAUAUGAUAAGACAACUAUCGAAUCAUGUACAGCAACCAUUCAACGAACAAGAUUUAACUGAAAUGGGAGAACAAGUGUUUUCGGAUGAAACAGCAUUUGAGCCAGUUGUAAAUAAUCAUGAAGCGGCAAAUGCUGCAGUCUUAUUCGAACUUGAACGGGGAGCAAAAUUGUUCUAUAUGGCGGCGGAUGGUAAAAUAGAAACGACAUCUGAUACGUUGCCGUUAUCAAUCUUUGAAAUGAGUGAGAGCACUGGUGAAACGUGUGGUUUGCUAAAACUCGGUAGUUGGAUUUAUCCGUUAAAUCCUAAAGUGUCUCCAGCAUUCAAAACAUCAUUCGAUGCUUAUCUCUUUCCGAAUAAUACAUCUGUUGGGGAAUUUGUUGGGUUAAUGUUUGAUGAGAAAAUAUCACCAGAUACCAUACAAUAUUUUGAAGAUGUUCUGUCAAAAUACUCUGUUUUCAUGGCACAACCAAAUACUCCAACUUAUGGUGAAUCAUUAACAGCUACCACAACAUCAUCUGCAACUGCUCAAGGGGAAAAAAUCGUUCCUGUUUCUAAACAGACAGAAGCAUCAAAAGUAGCCGAAAAGAAAAAAGGCGAAAUAAUUGGUGAAGAAGAAGUUGCUAUUGAGGACGAAUCGUUGUAUGAUACAUCGACAGCGACUGGAAAACUAGCAGGCGCAUUGGUAACUGGAACAAAAUUUCUGACGAAACAGUUAGCAACAGGAGUGAUAAUGGCAGAAAAUCUAAUUAAUAAGGCUUCGAUCAAAGUUCAUGACAGCUUGGUGCCAUCAGCAGAACCGGUGAAAGUUCAUGCAGAUUAUAUUGUAAUUUUUUGUUUGAUAGUUUCCAAAGUUGGUGCCAUGACUCUCGGUCUUGCAAGAACAUUUGCACCGCAAUUUGGAAGAGUGCAAAAGAAAAAAAAUGCCGAUGGUACAGAAGAAAUUGUCAAAUUAUCGGGAAUACGCGGUAUUGGUCAUGCAGGUUUAACAAGCUUCUCCGUUGCGUAUGAGAGUUGUGAAAAUGCAGCAAAACAUUUAGCAAAAAGUCUUGCUAAUGAAUCAGUCUCGGUUGUUAAACAUAAAUAUGGUGAUGAUGCCAGUAUAUUGACGGAGAAUGCAAUGUACGCUGUGGGUAAUACAGCACUAACAACGUACUAUGUGGGUGGUCUCGGUCCAAAAGCAAUUGCAAGAAGAGUUGUUAAACAAACAGCGAAAGAAACGGCUAAAAAUGCAUUAAACAUAUAA